CCCGGGAUGGCGUCGACGACGGCGUACGCGCGGCCGUCCAAGCUGCCGGGCGCGGGCCCGGGGGAGCGGAGGCCGGCGCCGCCGCGGCUCAUCAGGGCCUUCCUCGCCUCCGGCGCCAAGAUCGAGCCCCGGAAGCUCGCCGCCGGCCUGCUCGCCGGCUGCUGCCUCGCGCUCCUCACCUACGUCUCCCUCGCCAAGCUCUACGCCGUCUACUCCCCCGUCUUCGCCACCACCUCGGCCCUGCUCCAGAACGCCCCGCCGUCGUCCUCCUCGGCGCCGGGGGCGGUGGCCGCCCCGCGUCCGCCCGAAGAUCCCGCAUUUACUGGCGGCAACAACGGCGGCGCCGUGGACCGCGUCGAUCUGACGGAGAAGGGCCCGGGGACGGCGGGCUCUCGAGAGCCCGGGGUGCCGGAGGCGGUCUCAAGGAAGGAACACGCCGAGAAGGCGCCGGCGCCGGCCAACACCUCGGCGCCAAUGCCAUCUCAGGGAGAAAGGAAGAGCAACAGCAGCAGCAAUGUCGCCGCCGGUCCGAUGAGCUGCGACGAAAAUGGCGUGGACGAGGGGUUCCCCUACGCGCGGCCGGCGGUCUGCGAGCUGUCCGGCGACAUCCGUGUCAGCCCCAGCCAGAAGACCAUGUACCUCGUCAACCCGUCCGGCGGCGGCGGCUUCGACGAGAAGGGCGAGAAGCGGCUACGGCCGUACGCCCGGAACGACGACUUCCUCCUGCCUGCCGUGGUGGAGGUGACUGUCAAGUCUGUCUCCUCCCCUGAGGCUGCCCCACAGUGCACGAGGCAGCAUCGCGUCCCCGCGGUCGUGUUCUCCGUCGCAGGGUACACGGACAACUUCUUCCACGACAACACAGACGCGCUGAUCCCGUUGUUCCUGACCACGGCGCACCUGAAAGGCGAGGUGCAGCUGCUGAUCACCAACUACAAGCCGUGGUGGGUGCAAAAGUACACGCCGCUGCUGCGCAAGCUCUCCAACUACGACGUGAUCAACUUCGACGCCGACGCCGACGUGCACUGCUUCCCGCGGGGGUACCUCGGCCUGUACCGCGACCGCGACCUCAUCAUCACCCCUCACCCAACCCGCAACCCGCGCAACUACACCAUGGUGGACUACACGCGCUUCCUCCGAGCCGCGUACGGGCUCCGCCGCGACCAGCCGGCGGUGCUCGGGGCGGAGCCCGGAAUGCAGCCCCGGAUGCUGAUCAUCUCGCGCGCCGGCACGCGCAAGCUGCUGAACCAGGACGAGGUGGCCGCCGCCGCGUCGGAGCUCGGGUUCAACGUGACCGUGGCCGAGGCCGGCGACGACGUGCCGGCGUUCGCGGCCCUGGUGAACUCCGCCGACGUGCUUCUGGCCGUGCACGGUGCCGGGCUGACCAACCAGAUCUUCCUGCCGACCAACGGGGUGGUGCUGCAGAUCGUGCCGUGGGGGAACAUGGACUGGAUGGCGACCAACUUCUACGGGCAGCCGGCGCGGGACAUGCAGCUCCGGUACGUGGAGUACUACAUCGACGAGGAGGAGACGAGCCUCAAGGACAAGUACCCCAAGGAUCACGUGGUGUUCAAGGACCCCAAGGCCCUCCACAAGCAGGGGUGGCAGGCGCUCGCCGACACCAUCAUGAAGCAGGACGUCAAGGUGAACAUGACCAGGUUCCAGCCCUUCUUGCUCCAGGCCAUGGACGAGCUACAGGAGUAGCAGCAUCGUCUCCCCAGCCAGCCCAGGUAAACUCACAUCACAGCCACCAAAAACUGUACAACAAGCAAGCACAACAAGGAGAAAUGCAGACUAAUGUGAUUCUAGGACUAGUUGCUACUACUGCUGCUGCCGGAAAGGGUGAUGAUUUGAAUCUGAUCAAAAGAGGAGGCUUCAAUGUAUAUGGUUGUUUCUGUCAUGUUGAGGAUUCAAGGAACCUGCCCUAGUGGAUCGUCUUGUUGUACAAUUUGUCCUUGCUACUGUAAAUGGAAGGAUCAUCUAUGCUUUCUCCAACACCCGGGAAAAAGCCACUACUUUGUUGCUAAUGUCCUUGUCUCUAUGAAAGAGUAGGAGCAUCGUGUUUGGGAUGCGCGUAGUCAAUUUUGAGAAUCACUCUUGUGUCGAAGGUGGAGAAGUUCGGCUGAAAUUUGCACAGUGGAAGGAAAGAACCAGUGGGAUUGGUGAAAUCUGCACGCUGGAACCAAGUGCGAAUGUGGCGAGAAUGUUGAUGGUUGCUGUUAGCCUGGACUGCUGCGCCUUUUGUUUAUCCUCUAUGGUUAUUUUCAUGUGCGGCUUAACCUUAUCUCAGUAUCGAACAAUUGUUGCUGUUGUUCAACUUUGUGGCUGUUUAAUAUGAGUACCUUCGCAAAA